CAAAAGAAUGACGAGCAAAGUAGCAGCAGCUGCUGCAUUUCUCUCUCGCACUAACGAACUGGGAAAUUUCCAACAAUCAUGUAGUCAGAUUCUCUCCUUCUGCGAAUCGAAUUCGUUACGCACAGGUUUACACAUACACUGCCUUGUACUAAAGUUGAAUCUUUUAGAGAAUCUGGACUUAUGCAACAAUCUCUUGAGUCUUUACUUGAAAACCGAUGGUAUAUGGAAUGCACGUAAACUGUUCGUCGAAAUGCCGCACAGAACUGUUUUUGCCUGGACUGUUAUGAUCUCUGCUCAUACCAAGAGGCAAGAGUUUGCGUGGUCGCUUUCGUUGUUCGAUGAAAUGAUGGCUUCGGGAACAGACCCGAACGAAUUCACGUUUUCCUCAGUGAUAAGAUCUUGUGCUGGUUUGAGAGAUCUCAACUAUGGAGCUCGAGUUCAUGGCUCUGUUAUCAAGACUGGAUUCGAGGGAAACCCGGUUUUAGGAAGCAGCUUGACUGAUUUCUAUUCAAAGUGCGGGAGACUCAAGGAGGCUCGUCAAGUGUUUAACUCUCUUCAGAACGCUGCUGAUACCAUCUCGUGGACGAUGAUGAUAACUUCUUUAGUGGAAGCUCGUAAAUGGAGAGAGGCGUUGCAGUUUUACUCUGAGAUGGUUAAAGCUGGUGUUCCUCCUAACGAGUUCACUUUCGUUAAGCUUUUAGGGGCCUCUUCAUUUCUUGGUUUGGAGUUUGGUAAAAUGAUUCAUAGCAACGUGAUUACUCGAGGGAUUCCGCUGAAUGUGGUAUUGAAGACAUCUCUGGUUGAUUUCUACUCGAGGUUCUCUAAAAUGGAAGACUCUGCAAGGGUAUUGAAUUCGACCGGAGAACAGGAUGUGUUUCUUUGGACGUCUCUAGUAUCAGGAUUUGUAAGAAACUUAAGAGCCAAGGAAGCUGUUGUUACGUUUCUUAAGAUGCGAGGUUUGGGUUUGCAACCAAAUAACUUCACAUACGCUGCAAUCUUGAGGUUGUGUUCUUCUGUCUGGUCGUUGGAUUUAGGCAAGCAGAUUCACUCACAGGCCAUCAAGGUCGGCUUGGCGGACAGAACUGAUGUCGGAAAUGCGCUUGUAGAUAUGUAUAUGAAGUGCUCGGCGUCCGAAGUAGAAGCUUUGAGAGUGUUCGGAGAAAUGAUCUCACCAGAUGUCAUCUCUUGGACAACGUUAAUCAUUGGUCUUGUUGAUCACGGGUUCGAGCAAGACUGUUUUGGACUGUUGAUGGAGAUGGUAAACCAAGGGUUAGAGCCCAACGUUGUUACUCUAUCUGGUGUUCUCCGAGCUUGCACCAAAUUGAAAUCUCUAAAGCGGGUAUUAGAGAUCCAUGGAUAUCUACUCCGGAGAAAUGUAGAAAGUGAAACAAUAGUAGGGAACUCACUCGUCGAUGCAUAUGCAAGCUCGGAUAAGAUAGCUUACGCCUGGAACGUGGCUAGGUCAAUGGAAAGGAGAGAUAACAUUACGUACACGAGCUUGGUAACGAGGUUUAACGAGUUGGCCAAGUAUGAAACGGCACUAAGUAUCAUUAAUCAUAUGUGUAGUGAUGGAAUCGGAAUGGAUCAGUUCAGCUUACCUGGGUUAAUCUCGGCUUCAGCCAACUUGGGAGCUCUUGAAACUGGGAAACAUCUUCAUUGUUACUCUGUAAAAUCAGGGUAUUCUAGCUCGGUUUCGGUUUCGGUUUCCAACAGUUUGAUUGACAUGUACGGUAAAUGUGGUAUCUUGGAAGAUGCCAAAAAGGUGUUUGAAGAGACAGCUAACCCUGAUGUAGUUACGUGGAACGGGUUGGUAUCUGGUUUAGCAUCAAACGGUUGUAUUUCAUCUGCUCUAUCUGCAUUUGAGGAGAUGAAGAUGAAAGGAACCGAGCCCGAUUCAGUAACGUUCCUGAUAUUGCUCUCUGCGUGUAGUUACGGAAGAUUGACUGAGAUGGGUCUAGAGUAUUUCCACUCGAUGAAGAAAAUCCAUGACAUUGAGCCACAGAUAGAGCACUACGUUCAUCUAGUUGGUAUCCUAGGUCGUGCUGGACGACUAGAGGAAGCGAGAGGAAUUGUAGAGACAAUGCCGUUGGGACCAAAUGCUCUGAUCUUCAAAACAUUAUUGAGAGCUUGUAGAUACCAUGGGGAUCUGUCUUUAGGAGAAGAUAUGGCUAACAAAGGCUUAGCACUUGCACCAUCUGAUCCAGCCUUGUAUAUUCUUUUGGCAGACUUAUACGACGAAACUGGAAAACCAGAGUUGGCCCAAAAGACUCGAAAUUUGAUGAGCGAGAAGGGUUUGAGUAAGAAGCUAAGCAAGAGCACUGUGGAGGUUCAAGGAAAAGUUCACAGCUUUGCCAGUGAGGAUGUUACUACAGCCGAGAAAACGAAUGGGAUUUACGCAGAGAUAGAAUGGAUAAAGGGUGAGAUCGAAAGGUCAGGCUUUACAUACCGAGGUAAUAAAAACGCAAGCUAUCACAGUGCAAAACAAGCUGCUGUGUUUGGUCUUGUGUACACUUCACCACAAACUCCGGUCCAUAUUGUCAAGAACAAAACCCUGUGUAAGGACUGUCAUGAGUUCGUGUCCCUCAUGACCCGGUUAGUUGAUAAGAAUAUAACUGUAAAAGAUGGGAAUCGAGUACAUAUCUUUAAGAAUGGUGAAUGUUCUUGCAAAGGGGAAGAAGAAACAUCGUUUGUAUUAUCAUAGUUUUUUUGAACAAGGACGAUAAAACAUUUGUGAAA